AUGGGCUUCCUCAACUUCACAUGGCGCCCCGAAAUCACCCCAGACGAGCAGGCCUUCGCCUGCAUGAAGGCCGCCAUCGCCGGCGGCGCCACCCGCUGGUCCACGGCCUACGCCUACGGCCCGCCCGACAACCCGGGCGCCGGCCUGCAGCUCCUGGGGCGCUACUUCGCGCAGCACCCCGAGGACGCCGCCAAGGUAACGCUCUUCGUGCGCGGGUGCAUCGCCGGCGCGCCGCCGCUGCUGCGGCCGGCGACCAGCCGCGCGGAGGUGCUCGCCAGCGCGGCCGAGUGCGCCGCCCUGCUGGGGCCGAACAAGCGGAUGGACAUCUUUGGGCCCGCGCGCAUGGACGACGGGAAUGUCCCCGUCGAGGAGACGGCGGCGGCGCUGAGGGAGCUCGUCGGCAGGGGCGAGGUCGGCGCGGCGGGCCUGUCCGAGGUCAGCGCCGAGACGAUCCGGCGGGCGUGCGCCGUGGUGCCGAUCGCCGCCGUGGAGGAGGAGUUGUCGCUGUGGAGCACCGAGAUCCUGACCAACGGCGUGGCGGAGGUGUGCAGGGAGAACGGCGUCGAGAUCUGGGCCUAUGCGCCGCUGGGGUACGGCUUCCUUACGGGCCAGAUCCGGAGGUUUGAGGACAUUCCCGAGGGGGACCUGCGGAGGAUGCUGGGGAGGUUUCGCGGGGAGAACUUUAACAAAAACCUGGAUCUCGUGGACAAGGUCGAGGAGUUUGCGGCUCGCAAGGGCGUCAAGCCUGCUCAGCUGGCUCUGGCUUGGGUGCGCGCGCAUUCCGAGGUCGGCAACUGCGGCACCAUCAUCCCCAUCCCCGGCACCACGUCGCCAGCCAAGGUGGAGGAGAACUGCAGGCCCGUGCCGCUCUCGGCGGAGGAGAAGGCCGAGCUAGACAAGAUCCUAGCGUCGAUCUCGGUCGUCGGGCACCGUUCCGUCCCGGAGAUGCCUGAGAUAUGCUAG